UAUGAGGAGCAAACAUGUCAGCCCACGUUAAGAAAAGAAAGAUCGAUGCAGAAUGCAGAGUUUUCAACGAGACGUGGACUGCUAAGUAUUUAUUCACUGAAGUCAAAGGGAAAGCUGUGUGCUUGGUGUGUGGAGAACAGAUCGCUGUUUUUAAGGACUACAAUUUGAAUCGCCAUUACGAGACAAAGCACGGAGAGAAUUACAGGAAGUUGACCGAUGAAGAACGGGCACGGACAUCAGAAGUUUUGCUCUCGAAGCUGCAGAAGCAACAAAGUUUGUUUACCAAACUUCCCACCACACCUCCCAGGGAUGGAGCUGUCAGGACCAGCUUUGUGAUCUCCCACAAAAUCGCCAAAAAUAGAAAGCCAUUCUCCGAUGGGGAGUUCAUCAAGGAGUGUUUGGUGGACUCUGCGUCACUGAUGUGUCCUGAGAAGAAAGAGACAUUUGAGAAGGUGUCCCUCUGCAGACAAACCGUGGCGAGGAGGAUCGAGGACAUUGCGAGGAAUCUUGAGCUUCAGCUGCAGGAGAAAGUUGUGACCUUUGACCUUUUCUCCUUGGCCCUGGAUGAGAGCUGUGAUCCAGCCCAGUUACUCAUCUUUGUACGUGGGGUGACGAAAGACUUUGAGAUCACGGAGGAGCUGGCAGCAGUGAGGUCAACACAAGGGACAAUGACUGGGACAGAUUUAUUCCAGGAGGUGGAUGCAUGCUUGGACAAGCUGGGACUCCAAUGGGACAAACUGGCAGGUGUUACAACCAGUGCUUGUCCAAAUCUGACAGGGACAAAUGUGGGACUGAUGAAGCUCAUGCAAGAUAAAGUGAAGGAAAUUAACCCUGAAAGUAAAUUGCUAUUUUUGCAUUGUAUUAUCCAUCAGGAGGAGUUGUGUAAGUCAGUGCUAAAAAUGAAUCAUGUUACUGAUGUUGUUACUAAAUUAGUAAACUUUAUCCGUGCAAGAGCAUUGAAUCACAGACAGUUUGAUGCACUUUUGGACGAAUCUGAACAUGGUGACAUAAGCGACCACACAGCUGUCAGGUGGCUCAGUCUGAGCAAAGUGCUUAAACGAGUAUGGGACCUGAGAGCAGAGAUCCAAGAGUUCUGUGAAAAGAAAGGCAAGGACAUCCCAGAGCUCUCAGAUGCAGACUGGAUGGCAGAUCUUGCAUUUGCUGUUGAUGUCACUGCAUUAAUGAAUGAGCUGAAUUCCAAACUGCAAGGCAAGGGCCUAUUUGCACAUGACAUAUACAGCCAGGUGAAGGUUUUCAUGAAAAAGUUGCAGUUCCUUUCCAGCCAGUUGGAGGGAAACAUUCUCUACCACAUGCCGACACUAAAAGAAGCCACACCAUCAGCUGAUCACCUCCGCAGGUUCUCAUCCCUGCUAGGGGCACUGCAUGGUGAGUUCUCAAGAAGCGUUCAAGACUUCCAAACAGUUGAAAGUGAAAUGCACAUGAUUUCUUCUCCCUUCACGUGCAGUGUGUAUAAUGUACCCAGUGAUGUUCAGCUCGAGCUCAUUGACCUGCAGUGUGAUUCACGACUGGCAUGGCUCUUUAAGUCAGUAUCACUGCUGAAGUUUUAUUCUUCUCUCAAAGAGGAGAACUUUCCACGCAUGAGGAGGCGUGCUCAGAAGAUGUUUGUUCUCUUUGGAUCUACUUACAUAUGUGAACAAACAUGUUCUGCGAUGAGGUUUAACAAAUCCAGAUACAGGUCCUCUCUCACUGAUGAUCACCUGUCAGCUGUCCUUCGCAUAUCCACCUCCGAUAUUCAACCUGACUUCAGUGCACUUGUUGAUGCCCAAAACGUACUAGAUCCUCUCACUGAACAAGAAAUAAAAACAGAAAACCAGCAAUGGGGUGAUUAGACUUUAUGCAAAUAGUAAUACCACUUUGUAUAAAGUUGAUUUAAAGCUGAUCUUUGAAAUACUGCAAAAAAACGUGCAUAUUUUGUUCACAACUGUUCUUGCAAAUGUUGAUUAAAG